GCACCAGUCACGAGUAAGGCAAAUGGUGGAUUGUCAUGGGGAAGGUGGGAGGAGUGAUCGCUUUGAUUGGAGGAAAGAAGCAGAAGUGGGCGUGGCUGUGACACGUCUUCGCUGGGCUGGGCGAACACUUCCUGUGUGACCGGAGAAUUAGUCCAGGCAGAGAGGGGCUCCCGGUACAUGGAAUCACUGCGGUGACCGCCGGCAUGGAAGACUCUACCGAGCGGAGCCCGCUGCUGGGAGGCCGAGCCGGUGUUUCUCCCCCGGGGACCGGGUCAGUGUUCUCGGGCCGCCGCUUGGCCUGUGCCGCUGUGCUGCUGUCGGAGCUGCUGGAGAGAGUGGCCUUCUAUGGCAUCACCUCCAACCUGGUGCUGUUCCUCAAUGGACCCGUGUAUAGUUGGGAGGGCACCCAGGCCAGCCAGGCGCUGCUCCUCUUCAUGGGAACCACCUACCUGGUGUCCCCGUUCGCGGGGUGGCUGGCGGACGCUCUGAUCGGGCGCUUCUGUACCAUCCUGCUGAGCAUGGUGCUGUACCUGCUGGGCAUGCUGCUCUUCCCCCUCAUCACCUACCCCGACACCCGGACCGGCCUCUGCGGGGAAAUCUCAAUGACCAGAGUGGAGAACUGCACUACACCCAAUGGCACCGCCGCCAAUGGAUCCUACGUCCAGUGCCAGGAGCGGACUGCCCGGUACUGUGCCACCCCCCUCUUCAUAGGCCUGGUGGUGGUGGCGCUGGGGGUGGGCUCUGUCAAGGCCAACAUCACUCCCUUCGGAGCCGACCAGGUCAAAGACCGUGGGCCGGAGGCAACACGUAGAUUUUUCAACUGGUUCUACUGGAGCAUUAACCUGGGAGCGAUCAUCUCUCUUAGUGGGAUUGCAUAUGUGCAGCAGAACAUAGGAUUCCUCACUGGAUACAUCAUCCCCGCCGUCUGCAUUGGUGUUUCCUUCUUGGUGUUCAUGUGUGGACAGACUGUCUUUGUUUCCAAGCCAGCGGAUGGCAGCGCCUUUACUGACUUGUUUGGGAUCCUGGGAUACUCUUGCUGUACAAGGAAGCCAGAAAACCAGGGAGUACAAACCAAUGAUUCCCUGAGGCACAAACAAAGCAUUUUGGACAUGGCGAAGGCUUCACGGGGCGGUCCAUUUAGAGAAGAUAAAGUGGAAGAUGUGAAAGCACUUGUAAAGAUAAUACCAGUGUUCCUGGCACUUAUUCCUUACUGGACAGUGUAUUUUCAGAUGCAAACGACUUAUGUUCUUCAGAGUCUACAUCUGAAAAUUCCACAGAUCUUUAAUAAUGAAAAUCACACGUUUCCAGCUGCAUGGCUUACUAUGUUUGACGCAGUGCUUAUUCUCCUCCUGAUACCACUGAAAGACAAGUUGGUGGACCCAGUCUUGAAAAGAAAAGGCUUAUUACCCUCAUCGCUCAAGAGGAUUGCUGUUGGGAUGUUUUUUGUGACUUGCUCAGUUCUAGCAGCAGGUAUUUUGGAAAGUAAAAGAUUAGCAAUUGUUAAAGAAGAUAAAGUCACUCAAAAGAUUGGCAAUGUGACGUAUUACGCCGCUGAUCUGGCCAUAUGGUGGCAGCUCCCACAGUACCUGCUGAUUGGGCUUAGUGAAAUCUUUGCAAGUAUAGCAGGCCUGGAGUUUGCAUACUCUGCGGCCCCUAAAUCCAUGCAGAGUGCUAUUAUGGGACUCUUCUUUUUCUUUUCUGGUAUUGGAUCAUUCGUAGGCUCUGGGCUGCUUGCCUUAGUCUCUUUGCCUUCAAUUGGAUGGAUGAGCAGUCACGCGGAUUUAGGUAACAUCAAUGAAUGUCACUUGAACUAUUAUUUCUUCCUACUGGCUGCUAUCCAGGCAGUAACCCUCCUGCUUUUUCUCAUCAUUUCUGUGAAAUAUGAGCGCCAGCAGACUAGAGCGAAUGGAAGACUCUAGCAAUAUUUGCUAAAAUAAGUGGAACUGUGGUGGAGCAUUUGUUGUACGGACGGCUUGGCUGAAGGGAGUGCCUGCAUAAUUCAUCAGGAUGUCCAUCUGCGAUGUACACGAGUCCAAGUGCUCUUCUGAGAAGUAGACUUUAUUUUAAAGGUCCCUUAUGUUGCACUACUUCUAUUCUGCAGUAAUGAUGUAUGAAUGCCUCUAUGAUGCACUGAACAUGUUGGCACUCCUACAAGAAGCUGGACUGUCUUUUUGGAUUGACCGCUCGGCUUCAUUGAUAUUUACAUAACCUAGUUUAUUGGUUUCUGCGUGGCCUUCAUAGGCCUGAUAUUGUCUUCUAUAUAAUGUAAUGGAAUCAGUAAAUGGUGAUGCGAAUAGGUGAGUUGAUCUAAUACUACUAACCACGAUGGGUUAAGCGGAGUUCAUAUCAUGACCUCCCGCCCUUAUGUAAAGUUCCCUUUAUUAACAUCUGCUGUCUUGUUCUAACUUUGUCAUUGCCUCUAUAAUUGAGGUUUGGUUCACAUGGCCAUUAUGCUAUUUUUUUUUUUGGGUGCCAGAUGGACCGUAAACGGGUUUAAGCAUAACUGACACCAUUGGGACCUCAUGGAUCUCAUUAAAGGAAUAAUCUCCAGGAAAACCAUUUUCUUUUUUUAAAUUAACUGGUGCCAGAAAGUUACAGAUUUUUUUUUUUUUUUUCUCCACUGCCGCCUAGACUUAAUGACAGAGCUCCCUUUUCUGGCGCACUAUGACCAUAUGAACUUUGCCUAAGUCAUAUGAGAAAAGAGACGUAGCUCUGCUUCUUUUUGCAAAUAUCGUGUCACUCUUGUCCACAUUAGAGAUGAGCGAACUUACAGUAAAUUUGAUUCGUCACGAACUUCUCGGCUCGGCAGUUGAUGA